CACACACACUUGUUCAUCAAUGGGGUCUAGCCGGAGAAGUUUAUAACUGAGCGGAGAAAUUUCGUAAAUAAAUGUUUUCACUUUCUUCCCCGCUUCAUCUCCAUGCCGGAGUGUCGUUACAUCUCAAAGAACCCAUCAUCUUUAGAACAUCAAAUUCUUUCAGACAAUUGGAGUUGAAACCUGCUGCUACUGUACGGUCAUUGUACAAUGUGUUUGAGAAUCAAGACAAGCCAAAAGAUUUUGAAGCUGAUAGGAAGAUGAAGGAGGAGGAAAGGAGAAGGAAGAUUGGAUUAGCAAAUAAAGGAAAGAUACCAUGGAACAAAGGAAGGAGACACACUGAAGACACUCGAAGACGAAUUAAGGAGAGAACUAUUGAAGCUUUGAGAAAUCCCAAGGUGAUGUCAAGUAAGACUCAUUCAAAUCUGUUUCUACUCGUUAAGAUGACAAAACCCAUAUGGCAAAGUUGGAACUCUUUGCCAUCUUUUCAGGUUCGGGACAAGAUGUCUGAGCAUCAACAACCACACAGCGAUGAAACCAAGGAGAAGAUCAGAGCUUCAGUUAAACAAGUUUGGGCUGAAAGAUCAAGAUCAAAGCGAGUAAAGGAGAAGUUCAUUUCACUGUGGUCAGAGAACAUUGCAGAAGCUGCAAGGAAAGGAGGAAGUGGUGACGUGGAACUCGAUUGGGACAGCUACAAAAAAUCAAAACAAGAGAUUUCAUCUGAGCAGCUUCAGUUGUCUGAAGAGAAAGCAAGAACAAGGGAACAAACCAAGAUGAGAACAGAAGAAGCCAAGACAGAGAAGAUGAGGAGAGUUGCAGAAAGGAAGAAAGAACGCCAAGAGAGAGACGAAAGAGGAGUAAAGACUAGAAAACCAAAGCAGAACAAGGAGAAUGCAAUCGUUACCUCACGUUCUAAACUGAAGAAUAGACUCACAAAGAUUCACAAGAAGAAAACAAGUCUUGCUAAAGUCGCUAUUGUAAAGGAUAGUGUAGUUUCAGUUGCAGCCAAGCUGGAGAACCUGGACUUGGAACUGAUAAAGAAAGAGAGAACAAGAGGAGAAAUCUCUCUUGCUGAUCAGAUCGAAGCAGCUAAAAGCCUACGAGGAAAUGAUAUUUUGUCAAGGGUUGGUCUUUUUGCCAUGAAAUCAAUGGACUUCGAUUAGAAAAUAGUUUAUAGAGCUGCUGCCCCUUUACUUCUUGUUCCACUAUAUACUGAAGACUUAAAAGAUAUAAUUAAUAGACCAAUUAUUAACUCAUGCAGAUUUCAUUAAACUAA